AAGCCCUUUCCCCCCUUCAUCUCUCUGAUCCCCCCCACCCUCACCCCCCUCUGCCUCUCCCUCUAUCCGUCUCUGCUUCCCUCUCUCUCCCCCCCUGUGAUUUCACACCAAUGAGCAUGCCGUGUAGCUUCCACUCUCUGGCAUCACAAACACUAGACAUCUUCAGCUCUGCAGAUUCAUACAAAUACACACCAGCGUUUGCUAGACGGAGGCUGAAUUUUGCCAAAACACACGCUGCAGCGAUAAAUAAGAAGGGGAGAAAGAGUCCAGCAUCUCUCGCACACAGCAGGCUCAAGCAGGACCGGCACCAUGAAAACCCGAUUAGGCUGCCUGUCCAACAAAUCUGACUCCUACAGCGACUUCUCUGAGUUCCUGCCUCCCGCGCACGAAACCACUGCCAGGUGUCUGAAAGUAUCAACGGAUGAGGUCGUUCGAUGGUCAGAAUCGUUUGAUCAUCUCCUGUCUCACAAAUAUGGCCUCGCUGCCUUCCGGACAUUUCUCAAGUCAGAGUUCAGUGACGAGAAUAUCGAGUUUUGGAUGGCUUGCGAGGAGUACAAAAAAAUCAAGAGCUCAACCAAGCUUGUGUCCAAAGCAAACAAGAUCUUUCAGGAGUUCAUUGAUAUUCAGGCGCCCAGAGAGGUAAACAUUGACUACCGCACCAGGGAAAAGACCAAGCAGAGCCUGGAGGAUCCAUCCCCAACCAGCCUCAACGAAGUCCAAGGCAAAGUCUACGGCCUCAUGGAGAAAGACUCCUACCCACGAUUCCUCAGGUCCAAGAUGUACCAGGAUAUGGUGAACAGGGCGAAUGCUCAUGGUCAGCGGAGGUCUGUUUGACUGAAACUGAUGGAAAUCACAACUGACAUCUAACUGGACCUACACUGUAAAUCGCUAGUUAACCCCUUUGACAUCAUCUCUGAAUACUGUGAAUCUGCAAGGAUGGGGCAACAUGCUUGACUGUUUCCUUUUGUCUACACUAGCUCCAUGCAUGCAAUCCCUCUAGAAACAGUGUCUUCGUGGACUACACUCUUCACUGCAGAAGAGAUUUGAUGAGGAUAAGCUAAUUUCUUUACCUCCAGUUAGUGCUGGGUGAUAUAGUUUGAAAUAUAUUAAAAAUUCCUUAUCGCGCUAUUUAUCACAAUAUGCACUAAUUUAGGAGAUAUCAGACGUAAUGAUGACCUUCAAAUAUAUGAUGGAAGAACAUUAAACUGACUGCUUGCUCUAUUAAACAGAGCAAGCAACAAUGGAAAGCUACAACCAACUUUAAUAGUGUUGUUUUGCUGUAGUAUAAAACAGCUAAUGAAAGUAUUACUUGAAAUGAAAACAUUAAUGUACAGCUGAGAAAACCGAGGGCUGUUGUCAGUUGAAUGCAUUUUGUAAUUUAUACUGUAUGGAACAAAAUGAAAAUUUAAAAAUCAAUAUUGAAACUUAACGAGGAACUUUUUUUAAAUUGACAUGUAAAUGUAAAGUUUUAUUUGAGCAUUUUAUUGUUUCAAAUUGUCUGUUUUAUUGAUCUGUUUUGGUUUAUUUUAGUAGUGGUUGCCAUUCAACUGAUCUACGCUGUGGUCUCUCCUGGGGUUUGAUUAAUGCAUUUAUUACAGUAAAUGUAUUUUAUUCGUGGAGAUAAAACAUGAUAUAAUACUUAUUUUUUAUAUAGAAUUAACAUUAAUUCCCCACUUAAACAAUCUCCAUUGUUUUAAACACGAUUUAUUAAUUGUGGUUUAAACGACCAAUGUUUUAAAAAAUAUAUAUUGGGCCAUUAAAAUUAGGCUACUGUGUUCAUUUUAUUUAAUCCUGAAAGAAAUAUGUACAGAGAUGAAUAUCUUUAACGUUUUGUCACCCAGCACUAACAUUACUUAUCUUCAGUUCUUAAAUAGACACGUUGUACGUAGGUUACUAGAUCUAUAUGGUAGUUUGUGUUUACAUUGAACAAUGAAGUGAGACAACACCUGAAACUGUGCCAAAUUAGAUUGCAUUUAGACAUUAAUGUAACUACAUAUUCCUGUGUAUUGUAAACUCUUGCAGGUAUUAUAUGUGUAUGAGUAUAAUCAAGGGUUGGGUUACUUUUUGUUUCCAAUUCACUGCUAUUCAGCAUGCAGAAAUAUGCUGUCAUCCUGAUUAGUUCAUUUAAAAUGACUAUUUUCCUAAAGUAAAGUAAUGAGUAAUGGAAAUUGCAAUUUAUGACAUCAUUGAUUUGCUACGAUUGAAAAGAGAAUCUAUUAGCUUCGUGAUAGUGGUGAAUUGAAAGUAAAUGCCCCGAUCCCCAAAUAGUCUGUUGAAAAUUGUGUUGUGCAAAUUUCCUAAAUAUUUUUCAGCAUGAUGCAAUACUACAAAAUAACUAUUUAGAUAUACUUCAACUUGUACAGUAUAUAAUGAAAAUGUCUGCAACAUGACAAUGUGUUUUUAAAUGUGCUCCCUCAGCAUUUGCACUCCUUUUUAAAAUACGGAUUUGAAAGAAUUUCAGGGAAGACAAAUAUUUUUAUUUAUUGCAUGUGCACUAUAAAAGGCCAAAUUGUUGGAUAUGCAAUUAAACUGGCUGAACAACAUAUCUGCCUACAUGGUAUGGUACUGUGUCCCACAUGAAUGUAACCUCCCCACUAUAUUUUGCGAUUAAAAAAUGAAUCUGCAUCUAGA